UUGAAACGUAAUCUAAACACUGUAGAUAUAUUUCCCCAAAAUUUUCAAAAAUAGUUGUAAUAUAUUCCACGUUGAAGGACAUUCAUCAAGCUCUUAAUUAUAUAUUUUAUGACUAGCCACGAGUUUGAUAUGGUCUGGAUACACUAUAAGCUGAUGCGACGGCCAAAGAAAUAUGGUUCCGGUGUCAUCAUGAACAUGGGCAUUCUUGCCAAACUCUAUCGUCAGGCACGAAUCGCCAUCAUGGAGGACACACACGACGUGGAUGCCAACUGCGAUGGUCCCGACUUGGAUUUCGUGUACGCCGAUGUGGAUAGCUAUCAAAAUGAAAUCGCUGAACUCUACAGCUACACAGAGUUCUGUGAAUUUCAAAUGAACGUCAAAGCGUUCGAGGAUCAAAUGGAGCUCUAUGAUCUGCCACCCAAUUGGCAGAAACAGGAUGCGGCGUCACAGCGCAGCAUAGUGAUGAAGUUGGUCGAUCAACUUGAGGUCUCGGAUCGCGCGUUUCGCAUGCAGGCGGCUCGCUGUAUUCUCUACUUGGCCCAGGGCUGUUGGGCUGAAGUGCAAUCCGAUGAGGAACAGCAUCAGAAUACACGCGACAAUGUAAUUGUGCUCUAUCAGCUAGGAGUCUUCUCCUCCUUCAUUGAUUUGCUCAACAUGGAGAUUGAAACUGCGUGUUCGCCCGACAUUGUGGCCGUUAAAAUCACCAAUGUUACGCUGGUAGAUUCCACAGACAUUCGUGUGAUUCUAUCGGUGCUCUACAUCAUCACCGAGACCAUUCGGGAUGAGCGAGAAAAGGGCAGCGAGGAUUACAGGCAGCUGGCCGAGUCUUUUGUGCAGGAAAUCAAUAGUCCAUUGCCUGAUGGCGAGCUGUUGACUGUCAAGUUGCUGGGCAUGAUAACACGUUUCUGCAGCGGCGCUGCGCCACAGUUUCCUAUGAAGAAGGUGGUGUUGCUGCUUUGGAAGGUGUCGCUGUUGGGAUUGGGCGGCAUGGAUGUACUGAAGCAUCUCAAAAACGAAUACCGCGUCAAGGUCGGACUGGAUCCGAUCACUGAGGACACUCUUGAGGUGACCAAAUGCAUGCGCGCCAGUUCGCCGCCUGCCACAGCCACCGACAUACUGGAGAAUCAGUAUCCCAAGCGUAAUUUCAAACGCUCAUUGAUGAAGCAACGCUUUCUGGACGAACCGGAGCAGAUCGAUAUGGACCAAAUGGGCAACGAAAGCGGCCCGAAUGCCAACAAUGGCAACAACACGAGCACGGGCAGCGGCACUGGCAACGGGGAGGACGAAUUGUCGCAGUACUAUCGACCCUUUGACGAUCCGUCGGCUUCCACGUCGGGCAACAACACCGGAACAACAGCGAAUCCAAACAAUCAACCCAGUCUCACACAGGCAGCGGCUGCUGUGCCCGCGGUGCAGAUCACAGCACGUUUACCCUGGACACCGAAGGUGCGGCAAAAGGAUAUCGAUCAAUUCCUGGAUAUAUCGCGCAACAAAUUCAUUGGCUAUUCGCUGAUUGGCGACCAUGAGAGUCUGGCUGGCUUGCCGCAGCCCAUACACGAGGGAUUCAAGACACUGCAGCGUCACAUGUACGUGAGUCUGGCGGAUAUGCAGAUCAAGAAGGAGGAGGAUAUUGCACGCAAUCCAAUCUCAACGCACGAGGAUGAGAUUAAGCUGACACCAGCCGAAAUACUCUACCAGGCCAUACUACCCAAUUUGCCGCAAUAUAUGAUAGCGCUACUGAAGGUCUUGCUGGCCGCGUCGCCCACAUCCAAAUCCAAGACGGAGAGCAUCAAUAUUAUGGCCGAUGUGCUGCCCAAAAAGAUGCCACUAACGGCAACGCAAUCGACGAAGCUAACUGUCGACAUGGGACGCCACAAGGAGAUCAUUGUGAAGGCUGUCUCGGCCAUCAUAUUGCUGUAUCUGAAGCACUUCAAGAUCAAUCAUGUGUAUCAGUUCGAGUUCAUGUCGCAGCAUCUGGUAUUUGCCAAUUGCAUUCCGUUGGUGUUGAAGUUCUUCAAUCAAACGAUCACAGAGUAUGUGAAUACAAAGAAUUCGAUACCACUGCUGGACUUUCCAUCGUGCGUCAUUGGUGAGCAGCCGGAUUUGAGUGGUGACAGCUUUGUCUAUGGCGGCGAAAUGUCCGACAAGCCGUACUCCUGGCGCAACGUCUUCUCGUGCAUCAAUCUGCUGCGUAUACUCAACAAACUGAUCAAAUGGAAGCAUUCGCGUGUCAUGAUGCUGGUCGUCUUCAAAUCGGCGCCUAUUUUGAAGAAGACAUUGAAGGUGAGACACGCCAUGAUGCAGUUGUAUGUCCUCAAACUGCUCAAAAUGCAGACCAAGUACUUGGGUCGACAGUGGCGCAAAUCGAACAUGAAGACGUUGAGUGCCAUCUACUCGAAGGUGCGGCAUCGCCUCAACGAUGACUGGGCCUUUGGCAAUGAUCUCGAGUCACGGCCAUGGGACUUUCAGGCAGAGGAGUGCACGCUUCGUGCUUGCGUAGAUCGCUUUAAUCUGCGCCGCUAUCCGGAGGCGACACAAAAGUGCGGAGCUGGCGGUGGCAGCAAUGGCACCGCGGCACAAAAUGCCGAGAAUGCACAGCAAUCAAAUAUGCAUGCAGGAAAUGGCAGUGGCAACAGUGGCGGUGAUCGGGACACAAAUGGCUAUGGCAAUGGCAGCAGUGGAAGCGGCGGCACAGCGGGCAGCGGACAACAGCAUCAGCAGCUACACGAUUAUGGUGUCGAAGGCGGAUUCCCUAGCGAUGAGAUACUCACGCAUUCGGACUUUGCGUUCUUCGGUCAUUCCGGUUGGUGGGACCGCAAGGUGGAAUUAACCGAUUACUUCAAGGCCAACUAUGCUGUGUGGCUGGAGGAGGAGGUCUACAACAGUCAAACCGACUGGGAUGCGCUCUAAGAAGCUCGGGAUACACAUAUUUAAGCAAAAAGUUAUUAACAUAAUCUUAAGCAUACCACAUACACGUAAAGUUGACAUUGAUAUAAUCGAAUCCCAUAUGUAAGCUAAAGCUAUAACUGAAGCUAACGCCGUCGUCGCAGUCAAAAAAGUCAGCAAGAAGGCGCUUUACUCAUUCAAAUAAAAAGGAAAGAAAAAAAACUAUUGGCAAUAAACCUUGGAGCUAAUCAAUAAUAAAUAAUCAAAUGGUUGGAAGGAAACGGCAUCGCAUCGAGAUCGAGACACAACACUAAUUGUAUAUUUAAUAAUCGUACAUACUAUAAUUAUGAUUAUAUAUUUAAUGUAUUUAUUUUGUUCAAUCAUUGUGUUCGAGGCACGCACUCAUACCGUUCCCCGUUCCCCCAAUUGCAAUAAAAAUCCAGUAAA